AUGAGUGCCGUCGAGUGUUUCGAAUUGCUCUAUAAUGACGACAUAAUAAAAUUCAUAGUUGAUAUGAGCAAUUUGUACGCUUUACAGAGAAAUCACACUCUGAAUGUAACUUGUGAUGAAAUUAGAGUGUACAUUGCAAUACUGCUACUUACAGGAUAUUUGACUCCAAAGUAUAUGAGAAUGUUAUGGGAAGUAAAAAGUGACACGCACAAUGACCUAGUAGCAUCUAGCAUAAGGCGGAAUAGAUUUUUUGAAAUUCAGCAAUAUCUUCAUCUUUCUGACAGUACAUCCUUGCCGCCUAACGACAAAUUUGCUAAAGUUCGAGAAUAUUUUACAAAACUGAAUGUAAAUUUCACUGCACAUUUCAAAAAAGCAGGUUCUUCACACAUUUCCAUAGAUGAAACUAUAGUACCAUACUUUGGAAGGCACGGUACCAAACAACAUAUCCACGGAAAACCGAUAAGGUUUGGUUACAAGCUCUGGUCAGCUGCUACGCGCCAUGGAUAUUUAGUAAAUUGUGAGCCAUAUCAGGGCGCGUCCGGCCCUGGCCUCAAGAUGCAGUCCGACUUCAGCCUAGGAGCUGCUGUUAUUUUAGAACUCCAUUCAAGAUUACCAGAAGAGUUAGGACCGUACAACUUAUACUUUGAUAAUUUUUUCACUGGUUUGCCUCUUCUCAAAUAUUUGCGAGAGCAAAAUGUUGGGGGCACAGGUACUGUUCGGGAAAACCGGUUAGAGAAUUGUAAUUUGCCAUACUCAAAGGACAUGAAAAAAGAGCCAAGAGGUAAGCUAUGUCAUAAAGAUUCUAAGGAAAUUAUUGCAGCUAAGUGGCAUGACAAUAACAUCGUCACCAUUGCAUCCAACUGCCACGGAUUGGAUCCUAUCACAAAAGUGGAUCGGAUUGGAUUUGUGGAUAAAAAACGAGCUAAAAUUCAAGUUGAUUGCCCAGCCGUCAUCAAGAUGUACAAUAAGUACAUGGGUGGGGUAGACCACUUUGACGAAAACGUUGACUCCAUGAGGGUAGCUCUUCCCGGCAAAAAGUGGUGGUUCCCUUUGUUUGCUUUUGGCCUGGAUGCAGCUUGUCAAAAUGCAUGGCUGAUCAAAAGACAGUCAGAAAACAACUGGACCUAUUGCGAUUUCCGGAGAAAUGUAGUAACUGUUUACCUACAAAAAUAUGGCAAGCCCGCGUCCCGUAAUUCUUCUUGUGGCGUUCCUGUUCAGAUAAGAGUACCUGCCGCGCGAGCCAACGGAAUUGUAAGUACUCAAAAUGUAAAACCGAUCCAAAAAUCAUCGAUUUUCUUUUUUUCUAGUGUAUCAACGGUAUCAGGACUUUUGGUCCUAAAUGACCCAGAUCUGAUGAGAACUUCGCCGGUUGGAGCGGUGGUACAUAUGUCUCCUCAUCCCUUGGAAAGGAGUAUUCUCGCUCUACACUUUCCCGUAUCUUUACCACCCCCGACAGAAGAAAGACACCACCUGCUCACUGGUUUCUAUUGCUAA